AGAGCUUAAACGUAGCUCUGAAUAACACUUGCAUGAUAUUCUCGGUCACGUAAUUCUGAAGCUACCAACUACAAAGUAGCCUGCCUAGUCUUAGCUUAUGUACAGUCAAACCAAACGCUCAAAAUGGUUCACGUUCAGUUUUAGCAUGAAUUAACCUCUCGAUUUAUAUACAAGAUUUAACAAGGGUUUACUGAAACUAUUAAGACGUAUAAAUUCAUAAAGUCUUUUAUAAUUCAAUCAAAACUUACGAUAGUUUGAAACCUAACUAUGGCAUCUGGUGCUUUGCAUUGUCAGAUUAUAAACUUUUGGAUGGAAAUGGGCCACCCGCCCAACUUCGACUGGCUAAUGCGAGAUCCCCUGCCACAUACUCCAGUCGAUCAAAUAACUAAAAAACUCAAGGAGCUACAGAAACUCGGAGGAAUAACACUAAAACAGAAUCCCGACGAUGAUUCAAAAUUGGACGACCACAGCCCAAUAACUGAAAUGCAGCCAUUCUCGGCAGCUCCCACCCCCUUCUACGUCAAGACAAGUGACAAAGAGGGCGGAUUGUGUUAUUGGGCGAGUUGUGCUCUGUCUGCUAUUGGCAUAUUCUUCCUCGUUCCAACAACCACCAUCACUAUUUAUACAUGCUUCGGAGCUGAACACGAACAGGUGACAGUUGAUAUAUCUCGCAAGAAUAAAAAAGAGAAAAUAAGCGCCUCGUCAAAAAAUGUAUCUCUUCACCUUCCUCCUUUGUUUGGCGCAAACCCACAAUAUUUCACUCAAGGAUCCUUGUUCUUCAAAAACGAGAAGCAAUUGGACGAAUGGUGCUGCAAGCAUAAUCUGCCGCGAGGCCGACUGUUGGACUUGGAUACGGCUUUCAAGCUGGCCAAAUUGUUUUUCAGUAAACACCAUUCGAAUCAAUGGGCUCCUUGGACUGAUAAAGAUGUGAAUGCGAUGUUUAAAGCAAUUGGACUCAAUGACGAAUUCUUCCAAAUUUGAUCAGAUCUAAAGAAAUAUUGUUAAUAGUUUAUUCAAUAUUUGGUAGAAACGUUUCGUACG